AACAGCAAGUAGCUUUGAUGAGGUGAUUGAGCACAGCUGGUGAUUGAAAGAAGUCUAUGCUACAUCAUGCUCAAAGUGAAGAUAUUGAAAUACCUGGAGAAGGGCGAUAGCUUGGGGCUGCUCUCUAUGCUCCAGAAGGAAGGCCUGGGACACAGGACCAUGACCGAACUGCACCAGUUGGUCACCAUGGAACUGUCUUCAGAGCGCUUCUCCCGUGUCCAGUUGGUGGUCCAGGCCUUGGACAAACUGUGUCAGAAUAGUAAAGAUCUGCAGACUCUGCUCACAACGGGACUCAUUUCCAAAGUAAAUAUAUAUUAUGAGCUGCAGGCUUCCAUCACAGAAACCCUGUGCCGACUCACACUCAAAGUUGACCGUCCAAUCAGAGCCAAGGAGUGGUUCAUCCCAGAGCUCAGCUCCGCCUUCAUAGCCAUCCGCAACCCCUACUUUGAGACAGACUGCAGGCACUUCCUGAAUUUCCUGAACAGUAACCAGGGUGACCAGCGGAGGGUUUUCACAUUUCCCUGCCUGCAGGCCUUCCUCGACUCCACACAGUUGAGUCAGCCUGAAGACGAGGAUGUGGGCGAGUUUUGGAUCGACUUCAACUUGGGUUCAGAAUGUGUCAGCUUCUCUCUGGACAAUCCCAACAAAGAAAUGUGUUCUCUUUGGCAAUCCAUCCAAGUGCUGAGAAAUCAAGUCAACCGCUACAGCCUUACAGAGGUGAGUGGAGUGUCAGUGCUGGACAUAGACCUCAUAAAGCCCAUACUGCUGGAGAACUUGAGAGGCCAGAGAUUGGAGAUCAGGUUUAAAGCGGACCUCCACGGGGAACUUAGUCGCGUUAUUUGUCGAGUCUUCAAGAGGCCUUCGGUGCCAGUGCCCUUUAUGCGUACAUACCGCAAAAAAACUCCAAAAAAGAAACUCAGAGUCUUACCGCUGUCCUCUCCCAGCAGUGAGGAAGACUCUGUGGUCAAGUCCCCAGAAAGAAGUCGAGCAAAAAUCUUGUUUGAUCAGAUCCAGCAUUCCACUCCAAUCUACAAGUGUGGUGUGCGCUGGGAGGAGCAGACACAUGGCUGCAGCUCCACAAUAGUGGUACUGGGUGGCAGCGUCCGAAAAAGGCCUUUCCCAGACUCUGGUUACUUAUCAGACCACACAAGGACCAGUCCCAAGAGAGUGUCCCCUACUGAGACUGUGAGGUCUCCUAAGCCAAGAGAUGCUAAAGAGAAGCGUGUGGAUGUGAGGGUGGGGCUUGGAGAAGUGUCAGAACCUUCGGCAGAGGAGGAUGGGCCAGAGUUGGAGAAAGCACAGUCUAGGGCAAAGGGGACAGAAGCUCUGUCAGAAAAGGUGGGGUCUGUGAGUGAAGGUGCAGGGACUGUAGCCGAAGAGGAGCGGUCUGUAGUGGAUGUGACCCAGUCUUUGGCAGAAGAAGCCAGGCCUGUUAGAGAAGAGGUGGAGUUUCUAGCGGAUGGGGCGAGAGCUACAACAGAGUCUCAUGACGAUGAUAAGGAGUCUGUUACAGAGGAGGAGCCUGUAGAAGGUGUGGAGUCUGUGAUAGAGCUGGAACCUGCCAAAUUUAAAUUGGAGUUGUCUGCUGAAGGGGCGUCGCACUUUCCAGACCCGGUGGAUCUACAGGUGACUAACAGCGCGGAGUCUUUAGUCUCUGAGCAAUCAGAGGAGCUGAGAGCAAACACUGACAUAGCCAGCCUUAAAAGUCUAUUUGAGCAGCAGCUAACUAGCCAGUGGCAGCAGGUUGAAAAGCAACUGGUUCAAUUUCAGAGUGAAACCUGCACACACAUGUCGGGGCUACUGUCAGCUUUUCAGCAGCACAGGGUUGUACAUUCGCAAAUGCUUCAGGACACGGUUUGGAACUGGAAAGCACUGGAGGACUUUCACACUAUCAGCUCUGGCAUCAUGAGUUUCAUGAAGGCUGAAAAUCAAAGAGUGAUGUCCUUUUGUCAACAGCAAAUCCUCAGGUUGAAGUCCUCAGAGAUGGAGGGAGCGAGUGAGAAGAGGGGGAGCAGUCCUGUUCAAAAAUAAACAUGGUCACAGUC